AUGGACUCAAACAAUACAACAGGAGCAGCUCUUAAAUCAGCAGUCAGCACCAUCCUUGGAUUAACAUUCAUUGUUGGGAUUCCAGGGAAUUCACUUGUCAUCUGGGUCAUCUUGCAUAAGAUGAGACAACGCUCAUCCACCGUUAUCCUGAUCCUGAACCUGGCGCUUGCUGAUCUGGUUGUGUUGAUCACUUUGCCUCUGUGGAUUUAUUCCAUCUGUAACAGCUGGGUGUUUGGAGAAAUCUCAUGCAAAAUCCUGGGCUAUCUCAUUUACUGCAAUUUGUACGGCAGUGUGCUCUUCAUUAUGCUGAUAAGUAUAAACCGCUUCCUGGCUGUCAGGUAUCCAUUUGCUUCACAGAGAUGGCAGAGGACUGAGUGUGUUUGCAAGGUGGUCCUUAUUGUUUGGUCCUUUGCGUUUUUGCUUUCAUUUCCCAACUUGUUAACCAGGAAAGUGAAUAUCAUCGAUGGCCAAGCUGGAUGUUUCGGUGGUCAGUAUGAUUCCAAGGACCAGCAAAUAUCGUGCCUUGUGUUGGAAACCCUGGUUGGAUUUGUAUUACCUUUUACAGUUCUCGCAACCUGUUAUGGAUUGGUUGCAAAAAGGGUGGGUAAGAUGACUUUUAAGAGCCAAAACAGGUCCGAAAUGUUAAUUGUCAGCAUUACUGCAGCAUUUCUAAUCUGUUGGUUUCCCUACCAUACGUUCAACGUGAUUGAAUUGGUUUCCUUGAUGCUGGACUCGGACGAAUUGAAAAAUGUUUCUGAGGUGGGAUCCUAUAUCACCGCAACUUUAGCUUUCAUCAGCAGCAGCAUUAACCCUCUACUUUACGCCUUUGCUGCACGGAAUUUGCGGAAUGGGUUUCGCUCAUCAGUGAUGGCCAAGGUAUUUGAACAAAUAGCUCAGCGCACGAACAAUGAAAGUAACCCAGAACGCGAAAAUGCAACAAACAUGCAAACUACGGAAGAACUGUAAAUACCUGAAACAUUGUUAAUGAUGCCACUAUUAAAGAACUCUCUCCGUGACUCCCUUGUCCGCUCCGCACUCCCCUCCAGCUCCACCACACCCGGCACUUUUCCCUGCAACCGCAGGACGUGCUACACCUG